AUGACCAUCUCAGCAUCCCAGAGGCAUCCUCUGGAUCUGUACCCAAGCGAAGAUGUGAUGUUGGAGGUCUACACUGACCUUCGAAGAGUCAUAGAGCUCAUGAACGAGUACUUGGGAUCUUUCCUGACCGGCGGCGAACAAUACAUAGCAUUCACACAGGUGUCCGACGCCGACUUUCUCGACUUCAAGAAAUGGCGAGCGUGUAAUCGCCCUCGUACGUUCCUAGUGCGAGUCUUCCCCGCUCAUAAUACCCUCGUCAUCAAAUUCAAAUCGCCGCUAUGCGAGCGAGUCAUUGAGGCCAUGUACCAAAGGUUCUACAUUCGUAAAUAUCAACACCAUCACGGGCUCACUUCCGAUAUACUCUCUCACGUCGGCCCAACAAUAUACACGAUGCACAACGGACUGCGGUUAGAAGCAGAACAGGCGUAUAUCCCACUUGCAAGCAGACAACCCGAUAGUUACCCGUCACUCAUUAUGGAAUUCGGCGAUACGGCUUCCCUUGAUGCGCUUCGAGUCGAUGCGCGUCUCUGGCUGGAGAAUACCUCCAGCUUCACCCAUUUAGUCCUGGUAGUCGCCUUUUCUACCGAGGAGAUCGUGCUUGAGUGCUGGCAGCAGAUAGAUGGUGUUGCAGAAUGCACACACGAGGUCAGCGUGGAGUAUGACACUGGAAGGGUUCGACAUGCGCCCUUGAUUAUACCGCUAGAGCUGAUCUUGGAUGAAAUGCCUCGCAUUCCGGGUAUAACCGAGGAUGCAACGAUUGCGUUUUCGGAUGAUGACCUUGUCAAUUUUAUGCAGGAGACUAUUCAUAGUGAAAGGCCGUGA